GGAGGGGCCCCUCAAGUAGUAUAUAUAUCAAAGACAACGACAUCGUGUGUGUAUUCUCAUACUGAUCUUUCUGGAGGGCAAUCUGAAACAUAUUUGGACACCGCCGUACCACAAUGUCAAGACUACUGCAACUUCUUGGAAUCAUUGGCAUUGCUGUUGUAAAGGUACAGUCCACGAUAGAAUUUAACUGCUUACGGACGAGUGAUACGUGUACAACUGGCAGCUGUGAUACCAACGGAGACUGCACGUGUACAGCUCCUAAUGGGCUGUAUAACUGUGGAACAGAUAUUGUAUCCGUUGGCACUGGUUGUGCAUGCGAGGGCACAGGGUCGAUAUGCAAUUCAGGUGGUACCACGUGUGCUUGCACGGAGAAGUUCUACGGACCCAAAUGCCAGUACAAAACAUUGGAUGUUAGUUGUUCGGCAGCUGGCUCACACAUUCUGAACGUCAACGUACCGGGUACCCCAACGUGUUAUGUGAAGGGGUUUGAGAGCACCUGCAGCUUUUCUACGACUGUGCCCACCGGUGCACCAACGGGCUGGAAGGGAGACUUCCUGGAAGCAUCCCUGACAGAUGCCACUAACUGUGGAUCGCCGACAGAAACAACGGAUGCCGAUGGCGUGAAGACUAAGUGCUUUACAGUGAUUUGCCGGUACGAACCCUCUUAUCUGACUGGAGUCGACUUUGAGGCCGAAUUCUGCUGCGGCGAUGACAAGAAAACAGUUACUAGCGAGCUCCUGUCCUUGACAGAAAAUGGACUGCUUACAGCAAACGUUAAUGCAGACCCUGCCGGGGCUAAUGUCGUGACAGUUGUGAUGAAGAACGGUGCUGACGCCUCUAUUGCUACUGGGUCUGCAGUUGAUAUCGGUUCGACGGUUAAGCUGGAAUUCACACUUGAUUCUGCCACUGAUUUUGCUGCAAUACGUGUGCUUUCGUGCAAAGCCAAAGACGGUGGAUCUAAUGAAGUUGAAUUUAUUGCAAACAGUUGUCCCACAAAGACUUUUGUUCAAGGCACCUCGCGUACAGGUGGCAGUCCAGUCAUAAUUGAGACAGAAGCUAUCAAAUUCACAGGAAGUAUCACCGUCACUUACGAGUGUUCAGUUCUUAUCUGCAGACAAAUGACCGAAUGCGCAUUGGUAACCUGUACUGAUGGAGUGUCCGGUUUCGGGCGUAAGAAGAGAGAAAUAACCGCCUCGUCUAACUCAACAGAACAAAAAACGGUUGUGACAUAUAUCAGAGUCAACGACCCAUUUGCAGCAUCGGAGGUGAAGAGUGCUGUUCAAGACGCUGUUGCACAGACUGGUGCCAUCAAUCUAACAGCCGCAGUGAUUGGUCUGGCUGUCGUUGUCCUCGUCCUCCUUGGAGUCUGUCUUCUCCUUGGCGUUUGUCUCAUCAACAGGCGGGCACCUGUUAAGGACAUCCAAGGAUAACAUGACGGACUGUUUCUUUUACCAAUACCGAAUAUAAUAACUUUUCUAACGCUAAGAAUAAAAACUAUUUCAGCUCUUGUAUUUUCACAGUUUUCUGAUAAAGGCUUCUAAAUUCCGUGUGUUGUUAAAUUAUUCUUUUGUUUCGGCCCUGGAUUUCUUUUGUGCAUUCACAGACAAAAUCAUGC